AUGACAAUCCGCGGUAUAAGACAUAAACAGUUUGGGGUAGAUUGUCAAAUGACAACACUCGCUAUUCCUGUUAACGUUCCACAUAAAACAGUUCUUGGAAUCAUUAAUACUCUUAUUUGUAUAGGACAGUUGUUUCAAGUAGUUUCUCUCUAUGUAAAUGAACUUUGUUUGCCGGAAUCAAAGCUCAUUGGUAAUGAUAGUGAGGAUUUAGCAGCUUCAUCUCACGUAAGGUAA